UGCUAAUGCGAAAAUGGGUGCUCUAAUCAAGCCUCGAGCGCCCGGCCAGUUCGUCAGUCGUGAGCGCGAGUGGCUUGCCGGUGCCGGGCGUUUGUCGUCACGUGAUCGGCGCGAGUGUGGUGUGAUCGCGCGCGCCAGUUUCCGCUCCGUCGCGCUGCGCCAGUGCGUGUGCCCUUUCCCGGGCCCAAUUCCGUCGGUGCGUUGCCGGGAAAGCUGUCUCAAUUACCGAUUCCAUGGAUUGCCACAGUCAGGGAAUACUGGGAAACUUGAAAUGCCUCUCGUAACCCAGCGCUAUGAACUCUUGCUUGCACUCUCCCAGUUCUUCAGAUUUUACGCCAAAAUCUCACCCUCUCUAAAUCGAUGAGUUCCUACCUGAAAGAAAGGGUUUUCGUUCAGUCAGAAUUUCUUGUGAAUGUUUUAAAGGUCAUGGUGAGUCGCGACCAUUUUCACUUCUUCUUCUUCUUCUUCUACUAACGACUAGGGCAUGGCCCUGUUUGUCAAGCCUUCGAUUGCCGAGCACAAAAUAUUAAAAAUAUAAUAAUUAUCUGUAAAGAUUCGUCAAGUCAAUAAAACAAAAUAGC